AUGCCUGACGUAUUUGCUCAUGGCAUGUUGUCGAUGGCAUUUCUUGCGCAACUCCUUACUAACUGGGUCGACCAGAACAGAAUAAAGGAAUACGGCGUGCGCUUCACUGCGAUUACUCCGGUUCUGGCAACCGUGACCUGUAAAGGCAAGGUCUCCGAGAAGUUCGAACAGGAUGGCGAGCCCUGUCUGAGAGUAGAGGUAAGUGCAGAAGUUGACGAUGGCACCAAAACCUUGGCGCUCUUUCGCGAUAUUGUGAGGAGGUUUGUCGUGGAGCAGUCUCCCAGAGAGGAGGUUCGCAAGGUGAUGGAAACCAAUGCCGGAUAUGAUCCGGCAUUGUGGCAAAGGUUGUGUGAGAGUUUGGGGUUGCACGCGUUACACAUACCUGAAAAGUACGGUGGACAAGGAUUUGGUGCUGUUGAAUUGUGCAUCGCCAUGGAAGAGCUGGGUCGUGGAUUAGUCUGCAGCCCACUCUUCGGAUCAUCCGUGUUAGCAGGGACCGCCAUCCUGGAAGCUGGAAUGGCGCAGGACCGAGAGCGCUGGUUGCCACCGUUAGCCGCCAGUGAGAGGCGUUACGCUCUGGCUGUUGACGAAGGUGGUGGUUGCUGGGAUGCCAAAAGUGUGACAAUGCAAUACACACAACAAGGCGACACUUAUUCUCUCUCAGGUAAGAAAACCUUUGUCGUCGAUGGCUGCUCUGCCGACGUGAUUGUGGUUGCCGCGCGUGAGCCUGAGACGAAGGGUCUCAACGGGAUCACUUUUUUCAUGGUUGAAGCAAGCGCGCCGGGAGUCAAUAGGCGGCUUUUAGACACCGUCGAUCAAACUCGUAAGCUGGCCGAGAUAGAGUUCAAUAACGCCAGUGCGAAGCUGCUCGGCACACCAGGCGAAGGAGGCUCCGCCCUGGAGCGAACGAUUGACCUGUGCCGUGUAUAUCUGGCUAACGAAAUGGUUGGGGGUGCGCAGCGAUUGCUGGAAGAUGCCGUCACCUACGCCGGAACGCGGCUGCAGUUCGGUCGCACCAUCGGUAGCUUCCAGGCUAUCAAGCACAAAUGUGCUGAUCUGCUCCUGCAUGUGGAGCUUGCCAAGUCUGCUGCAUAUUGUGCGGCGGAAGCGGCUGCCACAGGCGAUCCGGAGUUUUCGGCUCUUGCCGCAUUGAGUAAGGCAAUGGCAGCAGAUACUUACGUGAAAACUGCAGCCCAAACCAUUCAGAUUCACGGUGGGAUCGGGUUUACCUGGGAAAACGAUACCCACCUGUAUUUCAAGCGUGCCAAAAGCUCGGAAACACUGUUUGGCCAGCCGGCCUGGCAUCGGGAGCGGAUGCUGCGAGGAGACGAAAUGGCUUCAAACGCGGCUGAACUGCCGGAUGAACAAACACUGCGAACCAACGUUCGGAUGUGGCUGGAACGCAAUUGGGACCCCGAUCGCAAAUUGGUCGAGUGGCGGCGUAUGCUGGCUGAGACGGGUUGGGGAUGUCCUGAGUGGCCCGAAGAAUGGUUCGGCCUCGACUAUCCGAGCAGCCUCGCCAAUGCUGUUCAGGACGAAAUUGCCAGUUUCGGAGCAAUUGGCGUUGCGCGAUCCGGCGUACGAAUGCUGGCGGCCGCAACGCUACUGGAACAUGGCAGCGCUGCGCAGAAGUCCCAGUUUCUGGGCGGUAUUCUCAGCGGUGAGGAUACCUGGUGUCAGCUGUUCAGUGAGCCAGGAAGCGGGUCGGACCUUGCUGGAUUGACGACGCGUGCGGACAAGCAGGGUGAUCAUUGGCGGAUUAACGGACAGAAAGUGUGGACCACCUCUGCUCAUCACGCCAACUAUGGCAUGCUGUUGGCGCGUACGGAUUGGGAUGUUCCGAAGCACCGGGGGUUGACCUUUUUUGUUGUCGACAUGAAGCAGCCAGGGGUGGAAGUCCGGCCGCUUAAGCAGAUGAACGGUUACGCGUCCUUCAACGAAGUUUUUUUUACAGAUGCGAUCGUUCCGUUAGACCGGGUGGUUGGGGAGCGCGACGGAGGCUGGAGUGUGGCGUUGACGACACUCGCCAACGAACGGCGGGUCGCUGAUGGCAUGCGUGCCUGGGGUAGCGUGCAGGCGGGUACGGGCGGAAUCUUCGAAGAGCUUGCGGCGGAAACGAGAACGGUUAACGAGCCCUAUAAGUGGUAUCCACAGCGUGCGGGACGACCCGAUCUGGUGAUAUCACAGGCACGUGCAGCGGAUCUGGAUCAGGACCCUGUGGAACUGAGCAUCACGAAUGCACAAAGCGAGGGAAAGUGCCACCAGGAGUUGCAGCGCGAGCCGGACGAAAUAGCCCUGGUUGUAUGCACGCAUUCCGAUCCUGACCACAGCGGAGGGGUGAUUCAGCUUGCCCAGCUUUGUGGCGCGGAGAUUGGUAUGCCCGCACGCCCCGGCGUGAAUCGUCCGCUUGUCGCUCUGGUGUCUUGUUCGCCACCCAACAAAGCGGGCUUCGUUCAUUUUGGCGCCCAUCAUUGGACAAAACGUAGUCUGAUACGGCGUGCAGACCUGGUUAUAGCCGAAAUUGACGACACGCUGCUGCAGGUGCAUGGUGACGUAUAUGCGCAUGUCAGUGAGUUUGACUGCUUUGUGAAGGGUGAAACCCAGAUCAUUGGGGCCGCGGAAAUCGCGGCGGUUCUCGAACAAAUCAAACCCGAAUACCGUGACCAGAUGGCUGCGCUGAUUCCAAAGAUACCGCAGGAACGUUUGCGACUGGUCUAUCCGCUGCUGGCAGCGAUCGAUCCUGAAUCGCUUGAAAAUCAGCUGGGACUCGGAGAACCCCCAGAAGAAUAUGUUAGGAUUGCGCGGCACCUCGCACCAUUGAUAGAGGACGGUGACUGUAUACAGAUUGGAGUGGGCGAACCUUCGAGCUUAAUGGUCAAGUUGGGUGUGUUUGACGACAAGAACGAUCUGGGGGUGCAUACGGAGCUUAUCGCGCCGGGAACUGCUGGAUUGGUGGAAAAGGGCAUUGUCACAGGGCGCAGGAAAAAUCAGCUGGCAGGUAUUGUGGCGGCAGCGGCUUGGACGGGUGGUAGUGACGAAGACUUUGCAAUCAUUGAAGACAAUCCCACCUUUCAGUUGUUCGACCCGGAAUUCAUUCUGGAUGUCCGUCGCAUUGCGGCGAAUGAGCGCCAGGUGUCAAUUAAUAACGCUUUGUCAGUGGAUCUUACAGGGCAAAUUAAUGCAGAAACGGUAUUCGGUGCACGCAUGAUUAAUGGUACCGGUGGGCAACCCGAGAAUCAUAUCGGUGCAUUUCUGUCGAGUGGCGGCAGAGCAAUAACGUUACUGCCUUCAACCGCGUUAGACGGACGAAACGUGCUCGGAUCAGCGCUGUACGAAAACAUGACGAUGAUGAAUUCGGAAUUACCCAUGUUGGACAUUACCGUUGUGGAGCUUGGUACGAGCCUUGCGGCACCCUGGGCCGGUUUCAUAAUGGGUCAGAUGGGCGCCACGGUAAUCAAGGUCGAACAACCGGACGGCGGCGACCCGGCUCGUAGCUGGGGUCCGCCCAUUGCAGACGAGACAUCCGUGAUAUUUCAGGUUGCCAACAGGGGUAAGCAUUCCGUGGUCCUGGAUCUGACCAAGACCGCGGACCUUGAAGCUCUCAAAGAAAUCGUCAGUCGCCGGGCGGAUGUUUUUAUUCAGAAUCUUCGUCCCGGAGCAGUCGACAAACUGGGAUUGGAUGCGGGCACGCUGCUCGAAAUGCAUCCCGAACUGGUUUACUGCAAUUUAGGCGCAUACGGCAGUGAGGGGCCAUUGGCUGAUCGACCCGGUUAUGAUCCGUUGAUUCAGGCGUUCAGCGGAAUGGCUUCGGUCACAGGUCCUGAGGAUGGAGAACCGUGUCGUGUGGGGGGGCCGGUGAACGAUUUUGGGACGGGCAUGUGGGCGGUGAUGGGUGUGCAGGCAGGUCUGAUGCGACGAUCACGCACGGGCAAGGGCGGGCUGGUUGACGUUUCGCUGCUGGCAAAGCUCAGGGACGUCACGGAUUGGCGGGACCAGGAGGACUUGUCCCCAACGAAGGAUUUGAGACCGCAGAUGGUGUUCUGA